AUGAGCAGCGAAUUUAACAGAGAGCAGCUGGAGUCGGUUUUGAAGAGGAGAUUCUUCUACGCUCCCGCUUUUGAGAUCUACGGAGGUGUGUCUGGGCUCUACGACUACGGUCCGCCAGGCUGUGCUCUCCAGGCCAACAUUGUCGAUACGUGGAGAAAGCAUUUCAUUCUGGAGGAGGACAUGCUGGAAGUGGACUGCACAAUGCUGACUCCGCAUGAGGUUCUGAAGACGUCUGGCCACGUUGAUAAAUUUGCCGAUUGGAUGUGUCGGGACCUCAAGACCGGCGAGAUCUUCAGGGCAGAUCAUCUUGUCGAGGAGGUUUUGGAGGCCAGACUGAAGGGCGACAAGGAGGCGCGUGGCGAGAAGGUUGAGGACGUUGAGGAGGACGAGCAGAAAAAGAAGAGAAAGAAGAAGGUCAAGGAGAUCAAGGCCGUGAAACUUGACGACGAGGUUGUCAAGGAGUACGAGACCAUUCUGGCCAAGAUCGACGGCUACUCUGGCCCUGAGUUGGGCGAGAUCAUGGAGAAACACAAGAUUGGAAACCCUGCUACUGGCGAGCCUUUGGAGGCUCCUAUGGCAUUCAAUUUGAUGUUCGAGACAGCUAUUGGUCCGUCCGGCCAGAUGAAGGGCUAUUUGAGACCAGAGACCGCGCAGGGCCAGUUUUUGAAUUUCUCCAAGCUGCUGGACUUCAACAACGAGAAAAUGCCAUUUGCGUCUGCGUCGAUCGGAAAGUCGUUCAGAAACGAGAUAUCUCCUAGAUCCGGGCUCUUGAGAGUGAGAGAGUUCCUGAUGGCCGAGAUCGAGCACUUUGUCGACCCAGAAAAGAAGUCGCAUCCAAACUUCAAGAGCGUCGAGGACGUCGUUCUGAACUUCUUGCCAAGAGAGGUGCAGCAAGAAGGUAUCACCCAGACGUCCAAGAUCUCUGUUGGCGAGGCUGUCAGGUCGGGAAUGGUCGACAACGAGACUCUGGGAUACUUCUUGGCCAGAAUCUACCAGUUCCUGAUCAAGAUCGGCGCCAACCCCGACAAAAUCAGGUUCAGACAGCACAUGGCGAACGAAAUGGCGCACUAUGCACAGGACUGCUGGGACGCCGAGCUGCAGACGUCGUACGGCUGGAUCGAGUGUGUUGGAUGCGCCGACAGGUCUGCCUUCGAUCUGUCUGUGCACUCUGCCAGAACCAAGGAGAAGCUGUGUGUCAGAGAGCCUUUGCCAGAGCCUAAGAUUGUCGAGAGACUCGAGUGCGAGAUCGACAAGAAGAAGUUCGGCCCAAAGUUCAGAAAAGAUGCUCCAAAGGUCGAGCAAUGGCUGCUAUCCAGAACAGAGUGCGAGCUCGAGGACCUGGCCAAGGAGCUGGAUGAAAAGCUGAAAAUCACCGCCAAGAUCCCAGAAACAACCGUCCCAGAAGUCGAGAUCCCUGCCGAGCUGCUGAAAAUCUCCAAGGUCAAGAAGACAGAGCAUAUCAGAGAGUACACUCCAAACGUGAUCGAGCCCUCGUUCGGUAUUGGCCGUAUCAUCUAUUCUGUGUUUGAGCACUCGUUCUGGACCAGACCGGAGGACUCAGCCCGGUGCGUUUUGUCGCUGCCGCCAUUGGUGGCCCCAACAAAGGUUCUGCUCGUGCCGUUGUCCAACCACGAGACCCUGCUACCAGUGCUGAAACUGGUCAAGGACAAGCUGAAGGUGAAACAGAUUCCGUUCAAGGUGGACGACUCGUCUGCGUCGAUCGGAAAAAGAUACGCCAGAAACGACGAGCUGGGAACUCCGUUCGGCGUGACCAUCGACUUCGACUCGCUGAAAGACAACAGCGUCACCUUGAGAGAGAGAGACUCGACGUUGCAGGUGAGAGGCUCGGUCGACGACGUCGUCGACGCCAUCGUCAAGCUCACCUACGAGGGUGUCGACUGGAAGGAGGGCACCAAGAACCUGGAGAGCUUUGAGGCCAAGGCUGACGAGUAG